UCCUUCUUCCUCCUCCAGCUCCUCCUUUCUCCCUCUUUCUUUCUUCAGUUCAAGAUUUUCUAAAAAAGUAAAAAGCUGGACCGGGAACCAAGCCUCUUCGUUCUCCUCUCUGCUAUUUUGCCGCUCUCCACGUUCCCGCUGCAAAAAAGAAGUUUACCCCCACCACCACCACCUCCCUAUUUUUCUCUUUUAACCAAGACAAGAAAAACACAAAAACCCUAACCCUAUCCCAAUUAAAUUCCCUACUUCUCCUCUUCCCCUCCUCCCUUAAUCCCAUCCAAGUUCCUUUCAUUGGAACAAAUUUGAUUCGUCUUCUUCUUUUUACAUCUCAAAUAAUGAUAAUUCGGAGAACAUGUUGAUUUCACGGACCUCUCAGAUCAAAUGGAUCUGGUUUCCGACUCUGUGACUGUUUCUCCAUGGUUCUGGUUCCUGAUCUAAAUUAGGAAUUGGACUAAGUGUUCAUUCUAUGAAUUUGGUGCCGCAACUGCAACAUGCAUUGCUAUAAUAAUCUGCUUCUGUGAUUGAGUGCUUGCAAGUGUGAUUCAGUUCAGAAUGGGGGAAGUUGCAGCUUUUCCGGAGGUCACUGUCGAUGGCGUUAUGGAAGAUAACAAGAAUGGUUCCGAGACAGUUCAGUUGAAUAGCGAGCAAGAUGGGGAUACUCCGGAGCCUAAAGAUUCGAAACUGGAGUUGCCUUCCGUCAUUAUGGAGCUGCAAGGGAAAGAAGCUUCAUAUGAGGACAUGGCGUCCGAAGUUUCAAACCCAGUAAUCUCCCCGAGGGAGAAUAAUGCUGCCGCCUCUGGCGAAGUUGUGGUGAGGACUAAUACUGAAGUUGUGGCGAAGACUAGUAAUGAAGUGGGUUCUGGCGAAGUUACGUCACAUUCUUCCGGGUCUUCCAGCCCCGCCGAGACUUUGAGCGAGGAUGGGGAACCAAGCAGCGAUAACAAAAGCAACAAUUCUGCCAAUGAUUCCUCCAGUGCAUUCUCUACUACCCAUGUGGUGUUGGAGAUUCCCAAGGAUGCGAGCAGUUCCUCUGGGAUUAGGAAGAUUACUUUUAAGUUCAGCAAAAGGAAAGAGGAUUAUGAUACUACCCCAGUGGCUCCUUCCGCGCUCGAGCCCAUGGAUUACGACAAUGUUCAUGAGUCAUUGUAUGGCUACGAGGAAUAUGGUAGGGGAUACUCUGGAUGGACUGAUUCCGAUGUCUACACGACUGAAACGCAAGAUGCUUACUCGUUCAUGCCCACUAUGGAAACUACCCUGUCUAAGAAGCUUUUAGCCAACUAUCCGACGAAUGUGAAGAAGUUGCUUGCCACUGGAAUACUUGAUGGCGCUCGGGUCAGAUAUAUCUCUUUUGCUCCAGAGCGAGAGUUAGAGGGGGUCAUAGCAGGUGGCGGAUAUCUUUGUGGUUGUUCUUUCUGCAGUUUCUCGAAGGUUCUCAGUGCAUACGAGUUUGAGCAGCAUGCUGGUGUUAAGACCAGGCAUCCAAACAGCCACAUAUAUUUAGACAAUGGCAAGCCAAUCAGUAGUGUCAUUCAAGAGGUGAAAACUGCUCAAUUGAAUGAAGUUGAGGAAGUUAUAAGAGAUGCGGUUGGUUCCUCCCUCAAUGAGGAGUUCUUCCAGAACUGGAUAGUUGGGUUCCAACAGAGCUAUGGAAUGGUUGAAGACGAUACCUACUUUGUCAAAAAGCCUAGUUAUUUACUUCAGUCUGAUGUCAGCUGCUCUAGUCAAGCGUUCGAGGAAAGUUACUGGACUGGGUAUGGCUCUUAUGUAGAUAACAGCUCAAUCAGACAGCAGCCACACAUGGAGACUACAUCUGGGAGAAAACGUUCAAUGAAGCGAGCUCGUGACCAUGCUUCUAGCUCUGUUCGGAAAAAUAAUUCAAAAAGAAGGAGGGACAAUGAUCUCCAUCGGUUACUGUUUAUGCCAAACGGUCUGCCUGAUGGUGCUGAAUUAGCUUACUAUGUUAAAGGACUGGAAAUGUUGAGUGGCUAUAAGUUGGGCAACGGUAUAUUUUGCAACUGCUGUAAGAAAGAGAUCAGUCCUUCACAGUUUGAAGCCCAUGCUGGAAUGGCUGCAAGGCGUCAACCAUAUCGUCACAUCUAUACUUCUAAUGGAGUGAGCCUCCAUGAUAUAGCCAUUUCAUUGGCAAAUGGGCAAAAUCUUGUAACUGGUGUCAGUGAUGAUAUGUGUGCAAAAUGUGGAGACGGAGGGGAUCUUGUUUAUUGUGAUAAUUGUCCUCAGGCUUUCCAUCAAGCAUGUAUAGAGCGGCAGUAUAUUCCAGAAGGUCCUUGGCAUUGUCCAGACUGCAAGGAAGUUGGCCCUGAAGAAAAUUUUGCUAGAGCUAAUGUCAUCCGGUUGAAGCGGGUUGUCCAAACACCAGAAUAUGAUGUUGGUGGUUGUGUUGUUUGUAGGGCUCGUGAUUUUAUUUCUGGUACUUUCGAUGACCGGACAGUUAUCUUCUGUGAUCAGUGUGAGAGGGAAUUCCACGUUGGUUGCUUGAGGGAGCGUGGUCUGUGUGAUUUAAAAGAAAUACCGGAAGGAAAAUGGUUUUGCUGUAAUGAAUGUUACCGGAUUUAUGUCGCACUGCAGAAGUCUAUUUCAAGUGGAGUGCGGACGGUAUCUACUUCGCUGCUGGACAUCGUAUGUCAAAAGCAUUCAGAUAGAGGAUUAAACAUUGAUAGAGCUAAUGUCCAAUGGCACAUUCUGAUGGGAAAAGAACGGCGUGAAGAAGAUCUUCCCUUCCUUUCAAAAGCUACAUCAAUUUUUCGCGAGUGUUUUGAUCCCAUCAAAGCUAGAAAAGGUCGUGAUCUGAUUCCUCUUAUGGUGUAUGGGAGGAACAUAUCUGGACAAGAAUUCCAGGGGAUGUAUUGCGUGGUUCUGACUGUGAAGAAUGUUGUGGUAUCUGCUGGCCUUCUUAGAAUUUUCGGCAGUGAAGUUGCUGAACUUCCCCUAGUGGCAACUAGUCGAAAGCAUCAGGGGAAAGGUUACUUUCAAGCCCUCUUUUCAUGCGUGGAGAGAUUUCUAUGCUCAUUAAAAGUGGAGAGCCUGGUGCUUCCGGCUGCUGAGGAAGCCGAGUCAAUCUGGACUAAGAGAUUUGGUUUUGAAAGGAUGAGCGAUGAAAAUUGGACAAAGUACUCAAAGGAAUUCCAGCUGACGAUUUUCGGUGGCACAUCGAUGCUGGAGAAGAAGGUGCCGGUGGAAAUCGACUGAACAAAGUCACACGCUUCGAAAUUUCCAAUAACUCUACGCCUGGAUUAGGAGGAGAAAAGAAAAAGGUGCUGUAUCAUUUAUUAUUAAUGCUCCCUUGCUCCAGCAGCAGCAAGGGAUUCCUUUUUGUUGAAAUGGUUUCUUCGUAGCAUCUGAAUCUGAGGGCCGCAAUUGGGUAGUAGGAGGGUAUAAAAUUAGGUGAAUUUGUAGGUAGACAGAGUUUCUUACUUUCUUAGCCGGCAGGUUUUGCGGUCCUUCUCUAUUUUGAUAAAUAUGCAUGCGUGUUAAGCUGCCUGUAGCUCAGUUCACAUGCGGACGUAUCAUGCACAGGGAAAAGGACACUUUAUUAUUCGGUACCCUUUUUCUACAAGUAUUUAGCAAUCCUUUCAGUGGUUCCCUUGCGCACGCUUUGAUUUGUUCAAUCCGUAAGGUGGAUCUUGCGAGACAGGUUUAGGUGGAUGAGUGGUUGACAUGUCAUUUGCUUGGGGAUGAAAGUUUGUUUUCUUUUGCUGUUUACGUGUAUUCUGUUUACAAGUGUGUAGGGAGUGUCAAAAACACUUCUUUCGCUGCGAAUUUGUC